ACCGCAAUCCAACCCAAACCCUAAUUCCCAAUUCCAAAUUCACAAACCCUAAUUCCCAAUUCCAAAUCCCCAAACCCUAACUAAGCCCUAACCAGAGGCAUGAGCAUGAGUAGAGAUGAGUAGGCUAUCCUUCAGGCCUCGCCCGCUCGACAUCCUCAAGAGGCUCCCCUUGGUCAAGUCCUUCAAGGACUUCGAAGACGAUGAAGCCCCCUCCUCCACUCGCAACUCUCAGCUCCUCCGUCUCGCCGCCGUCGACUCCGCCUCCGCCACCGAAAUCGAGGUCCUCCCUCCCCCCGCCAAGAAGCUAGCUCCAGAAAUCCCCACUCCUCAGUUCGUCGUUGUUGAUACUUAUGAGCGUGACUACUCUCGCACUUUUGCACAGCCUAAUUCCUACCUCCGCGCCAGAGGAGCCCGGGCGGAGCUCGGAGAGUUUGUGGAGUAUGAUUUGGACAAUGAGGAUGAGGACUGGCUUGAGGAGUUCAACGGUGACGAGGAGAUUCUUGCUCCAGAGAAGCUGGAAACUCUUAUUUUCAAGCUGGAGGUUUUGGAUCACAAAGCGCGGGAGAGAGCAGGAGUUAUAACUCCUACUCUUGCUUCACCAAUCCCUGUACUUCUACAACUUGAUGUCGCUACUGAGGCUCUACAAGGCCCCCUCAGAUAUGCUGUUAUCCGGUCUGUUUACGAGUAUUGGAAAGAUAAGCGUGAAAGAUGGCAGAAGCCUAUCUUGCGACGUUUGCAGCCUCCUCCACCGGUUAAUGAUACCAACCCAUACAAUGUCUUUAGGCCGAGGGAGAAAACCCACAGACUGCACACAAGAAGGAUGCAGAGAAGGGAAAACAAUGUGCAAUCAUUUGAAAAGCUUCGCCAGGUUAGGCGCAACCUGGAGCAAGCCAAGACCAUUGUGGAGGCUUUAAUCAAGAGAGAAGAAAAAAAGAGGUCAGUCAUGGAAGCUGAAGUUGAGCUUCAAGUAAAUCAAAUGAAGUACAAGCAUGAGACUUUGCUCCUGGAAGAUAGUUUAAUCCUUCCUGGCUUUCCUCCUAUGUCUUCCAAGUUUGUUUCAAGUGAGGAUGAACUUAUUGAUUCAGAUGACUUCGAAAACAGUCGGCCCCGUACACGACCUUCUGCAAUGCCUAAUCCGCCUUUACCAGACCCCAACUUGAUCAUGGUUCCUACGGGAACCAUGAAGCAGGAUUUUAGGCGUCGGCUUGCACCACAAGGGUGGCUUCAUAAAAUGGAUCCCCUUGAGCCAGUUCUGUUAUUUACAAAACCUCUAGUUCCAGAGAAGUUGGCAGCUGCAGGCAUUGUACCACCAUCAGAUUCUUCAACCAAAAAUGGAGGAUCCACACCACCUCUUAAAUUCCGUGGAAGAAUUGGCCGAGGGGGGCGAUUAAUAUUUGAUAGAUGGAACCCAUUGAUGCACACUCCAAUCGACUUGGGGAGUUCAUAUUAUAUUCCUCCUAAACCUCGACCAACAACAUAUAAUUGAACUUCUUGCCCCUGCUGGUAUGAACUCCAGUUGUGACAGACAAUUGGAAAGAGGGUCUAGGCAGAGUGGCGGAGCCAGAAUUACAAGCUUAGUGGGCACAAUUUAAAAAUCUCUAAAUGAAAUUUGUAUAUGUUCAGAUGUUACGGUCAUCGUCUUCAACAUGAUUUUUAUAUUUAAAUUGAA